CCUCCCGCUGUGCUGGCCCAGUUCCAGGAGACCAGCAAAGUCAUCUUUUGCAGGUGGCGAGCGAGGCAGCUGGUCACCAACAUCCCUCCGUCGGAGAUGGGCCAGAUCAAGGCCAAAGUGGCCGCCUACGAUGUCCUGCAAGGCCGGCGGACAAACUGGGGCUGUUGUCGCAACUGGAGACAAAACUAUUUGGCCUCGGCAGAGGAGAACGCGGCUUUGGCCCCCCAGUUCGUCAAGCAGGUGUCAGCCCUGAAAGACAAGAUGCACUUCAGCGCGGUGUUGUUCUCAGGCCACGUCCGUAAGGUCAACCGUUGCAACAAGCGGACGGAUCGAGCCCUCCUGAUCACCGACCAGCACCUCUACAAGCUGGACCCCCGGAAGCAAUACCGGGUGAAGAAAGCCAUUGCACUGAGCAAGGUGUCCGGGCUGAGUGUCACCAGCGGAGAGGACCAGCUGGUGGUCUUCCACCUGGAGAAGCAGAAGGCCCUGGUGGUCUGUCUCCAUCGCACGCAGCCGGCCGACGAGAACCGGGCCGGGGAGCUGGUGGGGGUGCUGGUGGACCACUUCCGAAGGCUCAAGCGAGACCUCCACGUCACGGUGACCGACCGCAUCCCACUUAGCCAAAACAGCCGGAAGCGCUUAGUGACGGUGGAGACCCGCGCCGACAUGACCCUGCCGGAUUUCGCCAAAACCCGGGACGGCUUCGUUCUCUACUGGCCACGGAGCUGA